UUGCUUCUGGUGCUGAUACUAUGGCUAUUGGUGCUGAUAUUAUUGCUCUUGGAACUCUUCCAUGGACUGUCAUGUCUCGUCUCUUGAGCUUCCGAAUCACACAUCAAUAGUUCAAACUAGCCGGAACUUCAACAAUACGAUAUCAAGUAUCGGUAUAUCGUUGUAUCGGUACAUCGCCCUCUGUCGCGGACCUCCCAGCUUGGCGCAUAUAACAAGCUCUCCCACUCUCCCUCUUCUGCUCCCAAUUCAUCUCAUCUCGACCCCUCAGGUCAACAACACAAGAUGUACCCGACCUACACCGACAACAGCUGGAUGCACGUCGAUUCUCCCUCUCCCAUGCUCUCAUCUCCCAUGCCCAUGCCCACCUGCACAUCCCCCACGUGCACAACAGUGUUCGCCUUCCACCCCCCUCCUCUCUUUCCUUCUCCCUCCCCAACCCUAACACCAACGCACCCAACCUUCCCAGCCUCGCACUUCGCCUCUCUUCCCCCUCACCCCCUCUCCCUCUCCCUCCCUUCCGAUCCUCUCGCCUCCCCCUCCCUUCCCCAUCCAGGGAUCUCCCUCCUCCCCCCUCUCACCGGUCCCCUCCUCGGAACACUCAUCGACGCCCGCCAGCAAGUCCUCCUCAUCGCGGCUCACGCCCUCUCCCCCCUCCCAGCACCGGGCGAGAACAGGUAUCUUUUUUCACAUCUUGCGCUCAGCUGCCAGGAAGCGCUCGAGAAAGUGAACCAGUGGUUAAGGGAGUCGGAUACGGAAGGCGAGUGGGGUACAGGUUCACAAGCCGAAGAGCGGAGGGAGGGCGUAGUACGGCUGCUAGACCUCGAACUAUUCCUCAUAAGGCUACAUGUGACCUCCCAGUCCCUGGUCACGUCUGCAACGCUCAACCGGUUAUGGGCAUUCUACGCCUCCCUCCGCCGGCUAACGACCCGCUCCCUCCCCCCACCAGCGAGCUACGCCCCGCAAACCCUCGCAUUCCAGCUCGUCCACUCCCUGGAACAGGGAACCGUACUCCACGCGUCCGACACUCCCCUCAGUACGAUCCGGGCGCUCGUACAUGCUUGCUUGCUCGACCCCUCCUUACUGGAGUACGCAAGGCGCAAACAGGUGGGCGUGAGUGUCCGUGGGUGGGAGACGGAGCAGCCUGAAGAUGUCGAGCUGGGACUGAGGAGGCUGGGCUUAGGAGUACUGGUAAGUGAGGGGAAGGUCGCUGCUAAGGGACUGGGAGAGGGGGAGGGGAGGAGGGAGUUGCGCACUCCGGUUAGUCCCGUUGUACUCGGAUUUUCGUAG